AUGCGAUGGCAAGGUGAUAUUCGUGGUAUCUAUACAGCUCGCCACGGCUACAGGUUAUUAACAUCAGCUUCUAUCCAUACCGAUCCACAGUUGCAUUUUGUCGAAUGGCAGAAAUUAUGGAAGUUGCCAGUCCCUCUAAAGGUGAAGAACUUUUUAUGGAGAUGCAUGAGGAAUAUUCUUCAAGUUCGUGAGAUGCUAAAGGCUCGUCAUGUGUGGGAAAGGGGUGGGUGUCUGUUUUGUCUCUCCAAUAUGGAGACAAUGGAUCACUUAUUCUGCUCAUGUCCUAUAAAAGCUCAGGUUUGGCAUGAUUUUACCAUUUUACAUAAUGAUAGUUUGGUCCUGUUGCUAAAUGGUGCUCUGUGCAGUCCGAGCGUGAAGGGUGCAAUUCAUGUAGCGGCUAAACUCUGGUUGUUAUGGAAUGCUAGGAAUGAUGUUGUUUGGAAGGGUAAGCUCCUCCGUAUCACUGACUUAUUGAGCCAGGCUGCAUGGUUAAGUGACUUAUGGUUUUCGACGUACACUAGGGGUGUGGCUGAUACGGAUGUUGCUCCGACUGCUGCUAGCUGGACUCCGUCGCCGCCUCACCGUCUGAAGUGUAACGUAGAUGCGGCUGUGUUUGAGGAUAGUGCUGGUUUCGGGUUGGUAGUUAAAGACCAUGCUAGGGUUUUUGUUUCAGCUUAUAAUGCCCGUCUUGGUUGUGGUCGAGACCUGUACUUGGUUGAAGCCAUGGUGGUUAGGGAGGCGCUCUCAUGGUUGAUGAGUAAUGGCUAUACUGAUUUCAUUUUAGAGCCUGACAGUCUUAAUUUUUGUUCUAGUUUUAAUUCAUGUUUAUUGGAUUUGUCGUAUGUUGGUUUAUUAGUUGAGCAAUGUCAUUGCAUUGCUAAUGACAUUGGGAACGUGUUUGUUCACCAUGUCAGGAGGUCAGUGAAUCGGGUGGCUCAUGUCUUAGCAUGGGCAAUAGGUUCUUCGUCUGUCCUAGGGUCGUGGGUGUCUGUUCCACCGACCUGUAUUGCUCAUUUGGUUAGUUAUUAA